UGCGUCUUUCCGCUGCCUCGCUUGACACUGCGAGCAAAAAAAAACUUGAGAAUGGACCCGAGAAGAGGAAAAAGCCGUUAGUUUGUAGCAGAGAAACUGUGACCGUCCAUGUCUUGUCCACAAAUAGCGACCCGCUGACAAACUUAUUGGCAGCAAUGUCGAGAGAAAACACCACUCGAAGUCUGGACAGCAUAGACCUCGCUGCCUUAAGAGAUCCAGCAGGUAUCUUUGAGUUGGUGGAGGUAGUUGGCAAUGGAACCUACGGUCAGGUGUACAAAGGUCGCCAUGUCAAGACAGGCCAACUGGCAGCUAUCAAAGUCAUGGAAGUCACAGAGGAGGAAGAAGAGGAGAUAAAACUGGAGAUCAACAUGUUGAAGAGUUAUUCCCACCAUAGAAACAUCGCUACUUAUUAUGGAGCUUUUAUUAAGAAAGGUCCUGCUGGACAGGACCACCAACUCUGGUUGGUGAUGGAGUACUGUGGAGCUGGCUCUGUGACAGACUUGGUGAAGAAGACCAAGGGGAACAGUCUGAAGGAAGACUGGAUAGCUUACAUCUGCCGAGAGGUGCUCAGGGGUCUUUCCCAUCUUCACUCCCAUCAUGUGAUUCACAGAGACAUUAAGGGACAAAACGUUUUGCUCACGGAGAAUGCCGAAGUCAAGCUGGUUGACUUUGGAGUGUCGGCACAGCUGGAUAAGACGAUCGGACGCAGGAACACCUUCAUCGGUACUCCCUAUUGGAUGGCUCCGGAGGUCAUCGCUUGUGAUGAGAAUCCUAAGGCAACAUAUGACUACAGGAGUGACCUCUGGUCUUUAGGCAUCACUGCUCUAGAGAUGGCCGAAGGAGCCCCUCCUCUGUGUGACAUGCAUCCAAUGAGAGCCCUGUUUUUGAUUCCACGAAACGCUCCACCCAAACUUAAAUCAAAGAAAUGGUCAAAGCGUUUCUUGUCAUUCGUCGAUAGCUGCCUGGUCAAGAACCAUCUGCAGCGACCAGCUACCGACGCCCUGCUGAGACACGCUUUCAUCAGAGAUCUGGCUAAUGAGAGACAAGUUCGCAUAAUGCUCAAAGAUCACCUGGAUAGAACCAGGAAGAAGAGAGAGAAAGAGGGUCCAGAGUAUGAGUACAGUGGCAGUGAAGAAGAGGAGGACGAGGUGACAGAGGAGGAAGGAGAACCCAGCUCCAUAGUGAAUGUUCCCGGUGAGUGGACCUUAAGACGGGAGUUCCUUCGUUUGCAGACGGAGGAUCGGGACGGGGGCAGAGAGGGUGGCCACGGGGGAGGUGGGGCUCAGCAAAGACAACAGGCAUUACAGCAGCACAGGCAGCAGCUGGCGGAGCAGGAACGAUACAAGCAGCAGUUACUGGCUGACAGACAGAAGAGGAUCCAACAGCAACACGAGCAACGGCAAAAGUUAGAGGAUCAACAGAGGCGGCAGCUGACAGACUGUGCCUUUCAGUGGGCGGAGCUUCAAGAGAUCUUGCUAGGGGAGGAGUCUGAUCUCCAUGACAACAGAAUUUUUCUGGAUGAGAGAAACAGGAGGACUGACAGGAGACAGAGAGCCGCGGCUCCAAACCAGCUGCUUCAGCACAAGGCCCAGCUCUCCCAGCCUCAGCUACAGCCACAAGCCAAGCCCCAGCCUCUGGCCCAGCAUCAGCAGCCCUCGGCGGGCAGGAGAUCCCACCGCACCCUGCCCAAGGACCAAACCCAGCUCCUGUCGCUGCAGCACGACCACAGACACAGGGAGAGAGAGAGGGAGAGAGAGAGGCAGAGGCAGAGAGAAAAGUCUGUGGCAGCUGUCCAGAAGCUAACAGUUAAUAGCGGGAACACAGCUGCUGCUGCUGCUGUUGCUGCUGCUGCUGCUUCCUCGCCCAGCCGCCCUGCAAACAGCCAGCGCUCAGCGAUGGACUUCCAAGAAUCAAACCUAGCCAGGCUGCUCUUGGCGGCAGGUCUGCCCAACCAGAUGCACUCUAGGCUGGGCUCUGGGAGCAGUUCUAGUCCUUGUACUCCAGCCAUGCAGAGAGCUCACCUCAACCAGAAUGCCAAUCUGCGCUCUAGUCGAGAUGCCCCUCACAGCAGUUCCAUGUCAGAUAUGGCCAUCUCGCCCUUGUCAGCGUUUCCCCCCCUGUCCCCAACUGAUGAUGUAUUCUGGGACUCCGUCGAGGCGCCACCUAAGGUCCCAGAACGCACUACCUCUAAGUUCUACUGUCGAGAGCUGGUGAUGGGACACAAAAGGGCUGUUUCAAGUGGCUGCCCGGUGUCUGUAGCAGAGAAGAGCGGACGGUCGGUGUCUCAUGGAGUCUCCCCUACCAGCAGCCACCACCCAGGUUUCUUCAAGCUGGAGAGUCCUCUUCUACAGCACCGUCUACAGCCGCACAGGAAGACACAGGAAAAUGUAACCAGCGGACAUACACAAGGUGUUAGAUCUGCUCUGGGUCGACUUAACAAGGCCACAGAAUACUCCUCUUCCAGCGACGAGGUCGGCAGCAGUGAUGAUGAAGAGAGGAACAGGUCUGGUCUGUCCAAUGGAAAGGGGAAAUACUACAGAGGAAUACCUGAUGGCAUCGUACUGCAACCUCACCACAAUCUUAACCAGAUUUCUCGGAUAGGUUCAGAUGAUACCUACAUGCUACCAGACCUCCUGCAGAAAACAUCCUCCUCCAGUCCUACCCAUAAUGCACUGGGCCAGCAGCAGCGAACAUGUGAACUCAACUACUCGCAGUCGCCCACAACCCCUCGAUCCCCCACGCACCAGGACCUACACGCUGUCAGCAGUCCUACUGGUAAAAACAUUUCCACAUCUUCAACUUCCUCCUUCCUGUCCUUCAUCGAUCCAAGAUUGAUUCCCAUAUCAUCGCCACCACAGAGCCCUACAGGCAGUAAGGGUGAACCAAUCAAGAGAGAGAACCACCGGAAGGGCUCUGUGGUGAACGUGAACCCAACCAACAUUCGACCACAGAGUGACACUCCAGAGAUCCGCAAGUACAAGAAGAAAUUCAACACAGAAAUUCUCUGUGCUGGACUAUGGGGUGUGAAUCUGUUGGUGGGGACCGAGAAUGGCCUGUGGCUGCUGGAUCGAAGUGGUCAGGGGAAAGUGUACUCCCUCAUCAGCAGACGAAGGUUUCAGCAGAUGGAUGUGUUGGAAGGACUCAAUGUACUGAUCACUAUAUCAGGUAAAAAGAACAAGCUCCGUCUGUACUACCUGUCCUGGUUAAGGAAUAAAAUCCUACACAAUGACCCAGAGGUGGAGAAGAGACAGGGUUGGACUUCAGUGGGUGACUUGGAGGGCUGUGUACACUAUAAAGUUGUGCGUUACGAGAAAAUUAAGUUCUUAGUGAUUGCUUUGAAGAAUGCUGUGGAGGUGUACGCCUGGGCCCCAAAACCCUACCACAAAUUCAUGGCCUUCAAGUCAUUCAGGUCUCUGCCCCAAAAACCACUGUCUGUUGACCUGACAGUCGAGGAAGGUCAGAGGUUAAAGGUCAUCUACGGCUCCUUGUCUGGUUUCCACGCCAUUGAUGUCGACUCUGGAACACCCUAUGACCUCUACCUGCCUACACAUAUCCAGGGUUCCAUUCAUCCCCAUGCCAUCAUCAUUUUGCCAAACAGCGCUGGAACAGAGGUUCUGGUUUGCUACGAAGAUGAGGGCGUCUACAUUGACACCUACGGUCGCAUCACCAAGGAUACAGUGCUGCAGUGGGGGGAGAUGCCUGCAUCAGUUGCCUACCUUCAGUCUAACCAGGUGAUGGGUUGGGGAGAAAAGGCCAUAGAGCUGAGGUCAGCCAACACAGGGAACCUGGAGGGAGUUUUCAUGCACAAAAAGGCCCAGAAACUCAAGUUCUUGUGUGAAAGGAACGAUAAGGUCUUCUUUGCCUCAGUGCAGUCCGGAGGCAGCAGUCAGAUUUACUUCAUGACUCUGGGACAGAACUCGCUGUUCAACUGGUAACAACUGGACCCGUUGCUCUGGGAUCUACUGCUGGUGUCUGCCUUCAUUAUUCUGGGUUUGCCUGGUGAUGCCUUUUUAUUUUUGUUCUGACUGAUGUUCAUCUCCAUGGAUGGUGCACACCAUACAAAGAUCAACUAGUUACACCUGGAUUCAUUACUCUGUCUUGUCUACAGUAGUUGCCAUGUAUAUAGCACGGAUCCACAGCUGAGUUGACUGAGAGUCCAUCACUCCUUCCUUGAAUACUGACGCCUGAAUCCUCGCUGCUUCAGCAACACACAAAUCUGGACCUGUAAUUCAGCAAAAAAGAGCUUUAGUUCACUGCCACCUCUCCCUUCCAUGGAAGCACUGAAAGGUACAACAUUCAGUGUCAGAAUUUAUCAUGUAUAAAGCACACACACAGAGCAUUUUCUUAUGCUUGAAGUCUACCUGGAGUCUUUCCCAGUAGGAUUCAGGCUGCAAACCCUCUCCGCACCAGUGUGGCAGAAGACUCUUUUUGUAUCCCGUUGUGCCAAAUGUACCUGGAAGCAAAACCGAUUGCUUGAUUUGGUGGAAUGUGUGGUGAUUUUAAAUGAACACCAGGUCAUCUGGCCUCAACAUCCCGUUCCUGCUCUCAUCUGUCAGCACUGGAGACAGGAGCCCGCUCAGUUUGUUUCACAUUCUCUCUCUGGUGGAUCUGUCAUCUCUUCCUUUCUCUCGCUGAGGAACUCUGUUGUAUCAGUUACACAGCUAAGUAUGUGUAUAUCAGUUACUCACUCAUAUUUGCUUUAACAAUGCCUGGCUGUGGCGUAUUACUGGACCAACUGCUUGCUUUUCAUCUGAUGAGUCAAGUCUUUAUACCUGGAUAAUUGUUCUCAGAAUGCAGACCAGGGGAGUUUCUUCUUUGGUGUGUCUUCAUGCAAGCAGUAUUUGUGUUAAAAGGAGUAAAACUAGAAGAACAGAAGUCCUUCAUCAACCUCAUUCGCUCCAUAGACCAUAUCAUCUGGGCAUUUCAAAGACUGGGUUGGGGCCACAAUGUGGACUAAGUAUGACAGCUACUGUAUGCCAUUCCACAUUUUGUUGCUACUGCUUGCCAUUAUGUCCUAUUGAUUUUCUUUAAUCUGUUUCCACAAACCACCUUUGUUGUCUGUCUGCAAUACCUCAGCAGUGUUCUUAUGAAGGAGUUUUUAGUUUUCUUCUUCACUACUGUUAGCAGAUAUCAAGGACCCAAAAUCAUUUGUCAAUUACUGUACUGAAUCUUUGUUUUGUUGAUUUCCAUAUAGUAUUAUUAGACAGUAUUAUAUUAUGUACUAUCAAAUAUUAUAUUGUUGAAAAAAGAGACAUUCAGGGUGGCAGUAAGUCCCUAUAACACCCUACACAUCAUAGAUUCAAUCAGUCAAACUGUAACCAUAGCUGUAAAAUAUACUGUCCAUGCAAACCUUACAAUAAGAUGUCAGUAUUACAUUUCUCCCAUUAAGACAUAUGGUCAUUCUCUCCCUAGUGAUGAGCUGGAAGUCAUCUUUACUCUGUUUUUGAAAUCAGUCACCAGUUAGGUAAAAAUGAUAUGCUGCAUUGCAAACUUUGCAUAAAAAUGAGUUGAAUAGAUUUGAGUACCCCAACAGUUUUCUUAGAUCCCAGUUUGAGCAUUAACUCCCCCACAGAUCUAGAUCAUGAUUAUUCCAUAAUAAGAUCCUUAACAGCCUUGUUCUUUACUGUAGGAAUUGUAAUGUACAGCAGAAAUGGUGUACACAAUUAGAUAUACAUACCAACUCCACAGUAACAGGCUAAGAAUGCUUUUCUGCAUCUGUUUUGUACAGCUUAUGAUGUAUAUAAUCCUGUAAGAUGCACUGUUUUCUAAAUAUUUUAUAAUUGACAAGCCAUCUUUAUGUGUGUGUACAGAAUUAUAGGCUUAUGAAUGUGAAAUUCCAUCCCAGAACAGAGUUCAUACAUGUUAUUUCCAUAAUCUUUGAGAGUUCAGUGUGUGUGAACAUGAACAUGAGCUACUGACAGUGAACUUGAAGGCUCCUGUUCAGGUUUUCAACCUGGUUGAUGUCAAAUAAUGUAUCAAGUGAAUUCUGUUUUGUGGUUGACUUUCUGCUAACGUGUAUGAGUCGGGCUCUUUGCACAAUGGCCACCUUGUACAUGUUGUCUGUAAUAUAUCCUGCUUUGAAAUUAAUUUUCGGUUCAAAGUAUAAAGAUUAAAAGCCAUUCUAUAGUUAGUAUUGAAGAUAUAACUGAUAGCCUUUUGCUUUGGAUUAGUAUUACACUACCCAACAUGGGAUGCACACCUGUUUUUGAUGGGUCCAGUUGAGGAAUUGUUUUUUAUUUUCUUUUAUUUUUUUAGCCUGGAUCUGACAAGUUGCAAUGAGCUGGGCUGAAAAAAAGUGAAAAUGCCCUUUUGUGUAGUAUUUGUUCUGUUCUACUUGAUAUUUUGGUCAUUUACGCAAUGAGCUUCAAAGCAAGACACCAAAGAUAAAUGCUUUGAUAUAUUGGCUUCCUUGAAUCUGACUGUGUAAGAUAAUUCACAAAUCACAACUGACUGUUUGGUUUGAAAAGAUGAUGAAAAUUCAUCUAUAGUUUUAGAACGUACAGAGUUCAAGGUGUAUAAUUAUUAUAUUCUGUACAAAAGAUGACCAACACAUUAGACACAAGGAGGCCAGAAAAGUCUCCCAGGAAGGAUGUGUCUUGGUAAAUCGCAAAAAAAUAUAUGCAAUUUAAUGUUGCUAGUGUUCAUAUAUUGAACAGCUUACAUGUGUGCUUUAGACAGUGCUAGGUUUGGUAAAAGUGAAGAAACAAUUGGUUUUUACCUUCAAAUGUGAAUUUGCAAUUUGUCUAUUUCUGAUCCAUUUUCAUUACACCAGUUGUCUUUUCCUUCGUUGGAUUUUGCUUAAACUGCUAACUUGGUUAUGUUUUGUGUUAUAUUAUCCUCUAUAUUUACUCUUUAAUGUUCCGGCUAUCAAAAUUUGCUCCAAAUGUUUUAUAUUCAUGAUACUUUGAGUUUUUGUUUUUGUUACGACUUGAUAGUAAUAUUGCAGCUGGUUCUGUGAGAAUAUUUUAAACUGGAAAAUUAACGUUGUGAUGAUGACGUCUUAUUAGUUGUUACCAGUAUUUCUUACAGUAUUUGUUUCAAUAGGAUAGAUGUUAUUUCAUCAGAGACAUCAGACCAGAUAGCUAGUUAGCAUGGCUACAGUGCAUGGAAAUACAGGAUUGCAAACUAACAGGAUAACAGGCGUAGACUUGCUAGCUAACAUGGGCUAAAAAUCUCAGAGCCAAGUGAGCUAACAUUGCUAGCUAACAUAUGGCUAAGUUAGUAGAAAGAGGCUAGCAGCAUUAAAAUGUGUCAGUCUGUUGCUUAACAGUGAACAAAGUUAGUUUCUGUAUGAAGAACAUGACAAACCACAUUUCACAUACAUACCGUGUUUUAAGAUACAAUUCAAAAUGUAUCGGCAAAAGAAAACAUUUUUGUAGACAUUAAUUCAAAACAUCUUUUCGACACUGACAGUACAUUUGUACCUAUUGCAGCUGACAACUGUUAUAAAAUUUGAUGAACAUUUUUAACUACAUGAGACAUAAGUACUGGCAUUUUAAUUAUAAAAUGUUGACAUAAAUGCCUUCAGAUGUCCUUUUAUAUGUGAAUUUUAUUCCUCCGAACAGGACAUAUCGUCGUAUUUAGAAUCAGGCACUGUGAUAGCUUGCGGUCAGCUUUGGUCGGGUCUGUUCAGCUGUGAAAUCACAGGACCGGCAGGUUUGGCCAGGUUCCUGAGCAAGACCCUGGCCAUCAGAGUCCAUACAGGACGGACCAAAAGUAGUCCCAAACUACCACAGUGGUUCCAGCAUGUUUUCAGUUGUACAGAGCUGAACAGUAGUGAGCCUGUAUUUGCUGCACUAUCCAACACAUUAAUGCGCCUGGUUGAUUUCAUGUCCCUACUUUCAAAGCAAUAAUGUAUGUUUGAGUACCACCGAUUUAUCAUUGCGAUUAUAUGACCAUGACAGAUUUUAUCAGUUAUAAUUUGGCAAAUUUAUGGAUUAAGUGUUUCUAAUGAGUGAUACAUUACUCAUUACAUACAUAUUCAUUUUAAAAAGCAGUCGUCCUUAUUCUGCCGAGUGUUAGCUCUGCACAAGGGUUCUGUUGUUUGGUUACUAAAAAGACAUCUUUAGUUCAUUUCCUCUACGUUGUUCCACUUAAAGCAGUUCUGUGGCUAUUUUCUCAUCGUCAUUUGUUUAACAUUCAACAUCAUGUUUUAUCUGCAUCAUUCUCCAUCCUGCUUUAAGAAACAACAUAGAAAUCAGUUCCUCUGCAAGCUAUUAGGAGCCAGUGUCACAUUAAUCCAUGUGACAUCUAAAGCUACAGUUUUGAGGCACACUGAGGACAUUUUUUGUGGGUUAUUAGAAACAAACUUCUCCUGCAUUUUGCCUGCCUGAGCUGAACAUCUGACUGUAGCUGUAUCACUAAUGAGAGAGAGAUCAGUGCACUUCCGCCUACACCUUCCACUGGUUAAGAUGUUGAUAGAUUCAGGCCCCCGAUGACUCAUCUCCAACUCUCCCCCCAACUCUUCCUCUCAACAUGUCAACACGUCUCUUCUUACCGCUGCCUUUGCCUCUGCGUCUUUUUACUCUCUCCUCUACAGCCUACUGCUUCUCUCUAACAUUAAAGUUAUAAGAAAAUAUGGAAGAAUAAUGUAUCGUGAUAUUUUCUGUAUGAUAUUGGAUCGAUUCUCAAAAUCACUGUGUCGGUUUUUAUGGCUAAAUCCCUAACCGCUAGAUAGCAAAAAAGAUAUGCAUUUGGUGGUGUGUUCUUUAUAGUAGGACAGUUUUACUAAAAUUGGGUUGUUGUUUUUUUAGCCUUUCGCCUAUAGCAUACACUAAUGCAGUAUAUUGAAUCGUAACCCCUGUAUCACGAUACAUACUGUAUGAUUAGAUGUCACAUGCUCUCUGUUGCUUUCCAUCGUUUCUUUCUCUCUUGUCAAGUCCCUCCAUCCCCUUUAGCCCUGUUGAAGGACUCCUCGGCCUGUUUGUGUCAUUGGAUUGGCUGGUGGGGUGAAAGUAUUUGGAUUUCUAUUAAUCAGAUAUGUGAGAUUUGACGCGUACCAAAAUGUACUAAAGGAAACCACGCAGUAUAAACAUUUAGAUGUUAGCAAAGAUCAACCUUAUCCAUGCAUAGUGUGCCAUGUUUCUCUCUCUUAUUUCUGAGCAGCUGCUUAUCUGAUCUUUCCUUUAAAACAUAACGUUAUCCAUCUAUAUUGCAUCAAAUACUUUUGCAUAAUUUACCAAUUUAAGAGUCUUGAAACAGACAACAGAAUUGCCCCAACCCUGUUUUUGUAGGAUGAACCAUGAUGCAGAGAAAUAAUACAAAACAGCUCAAAUGUAUCGCAUAAGGUUUGCUGUAUUCCGUUAAAGAAAGACUGUGUAACGUUUGCAGAGCUGUGGCUACAGUUAGCCACCAUAACCUGCUGGUCAUAGGCAGCCAAGUAGAGCUUUAAAGACAAAACACCUGUGUGUAUUGAAUUGAUCAAGGGUGGGUUUUGUUGCUUAUUGAUUCAUCUUUUAAUUUGUAAGAGAAAGAAUGUCUUUUCUUCUUUUAAAAGUUACACAGUUUUCCUUGAGUGAUGCAACUGUUGUUUUCCAGCCUGUGUAUGAGCCUGUCUGCGGUUGAGCUAUGCAGUUCUAAAGAAAGUGUGUGUUUGUGUGGGAAGGUGUAAUGUAGAUUGGGAACAGGUGUUUAAUAAGCACAAAUUCAGUCUGUAAGAGAAGGAAGGAUAGAGUUAGAGGAGGUAGUUAGUGGCUUGAGUCAAGUGUCAGUUAAUAGAAGGAAUAUAGAUGUUGCUUUGAAACCCAAAUGCACAAUUUUAUCUUGUUUUAUUUCCUUUAGCCUACAAUAAUCCUAAGUGUUAACUCAGUUUGGGAAAACAAUGGAAAACUUGAAGGUAAAACAAUUUAUUUAGCAUGCUGAUGGAGCCAAUAAUGGGGCCAGCAUUUCAACACCAAAAGUGCACCAAACUGCACAUGUGGAUUAAUUAUUUUUAGAUAAUGAUGGUUGUAAUGAGGAGAAGAAGGAAGAGAAUGUGAAGGAGAGAGACAGUAAUUGUAAUGAAAAGAGACUAGACUAGACUGGUAGUGUCUGUCGAUGACUGAUAUUUCCCAAAUGUUUAGAUUUAGCCAAUAAUUUAUAAUUAUCAGUAUAUUUUGGACUAACUUGAUAGAGUUACCCAACUGCUUGCAAUAUGGAGUUUCUGAUGUUAUUUGACACACAGGACAGUUGUGUUCUUGUAAAUUCUAAAGAGAAGUUGAGAUUAUAAAAUACCAAAUAUAUAGAUAUAUUUCUAAGUAUAUAUAUUCCCCAUUAUGAAGUUGUUCCUUUAUGUUAUUUUUUUUGCACUGGACCUAUGUUUGAUGCAUCAUAUACUGUACUGUACCCCUCCUGCUUUGAGAUGAUCACAAACUAACUUGUGUUUCCAUGUAAUGAGGCAAAAGACAGUGAAACAACAAUAAAUAUGUUGAAUCGAUGGUG